AUGGUUAUUCACGAAAAGACACUUAAAAGUGUUGCCAAAUCUCAAAAGCUCAAGGGAAAACAGAGUUCCCAGAGCUUGUCGCGUUUGUUGGCCCAUGGCGCCCUGGACACAAGACUACAGAUCUACAUUCGACAAGUCCUCUCAAAUGAUUACUAUGAUGGUUCUCGACCUCCUCUGGCGGAAUCAGACCUGGCAAGGUUACAUGGUCUUGGAGUCAUGAGCAAGCCAAUGCAUAAUGGUAUCCAAAUCUUUAAUCCAUUGCAUCUCGAGAUUGUGCGGGUGUUUGAUCAGGAGACGCUUCACCACUUGUCGGACAUUCUUCGAACCUUUCCAGGCCAGUUUGCGGAGCAUGGCAAGACCUCCUUCAUCCACUCUGCACUAUAUGAUCCCUCACUACCACUUCCACUCAAACAAGUUCGCGAUGUCUGCUACAGUUAUCACAUAGCGGGCGGUUAUCUCGCUGACAGUCGCCUCAAUGCCCUCCGCCUUACAAUCAGACGCCUCCUUCGCUUAUCAAAACGCACCAGCACAUUCGCAGACACGCUUGCAUACGCACAAGCAAUAAGCCUCGCGCAAAUAAUUCGUCUUCUGGAGUGCCACGACACAAACGAAGAUGAAAUAGAACGCGACAAUGAAGAGAUGUGGGCGCUUACCCACCAAUUAUGGCAGCGUGCUCCAACUCAACUACCCAGCUCACUAAGUCCCUGGAAAGCGUGGCUAUUCUCCGAGAAUGUCAGACGGACUAUUAUGGUUUGCAACAUCCUUUUGGCAGUGUAUAGUUCGCUGAGAAGGGGAUAUACGAUGCAUUCACUUUGUGUUGAGGCUCUACCGUUUGAUGUGCGGACAAAGCUUUGGGAUGCAGACAGUGAGAGUGCUUGGGAGGCUGCCGCUUGGAAAGUUCCGGGGCCUUAUUUGGUCACGUUGAGUCAAUUCACAGACCUUCAGCAGCCGAGAGUUGGUGGCUCACGGUUUGAAGAUCUUCUUCUGCUCUCAUUCAGGACAUGA